AUGGGUCCUGGUGAUGAAAAGAUGACAGACGGCGACGGGCAGCUCCCGCCAGACAUGCUUGUCGACAAUGCUGGUGCUGUAGAGUACUGGAACGCUGUUGAGCCGAACAUCAAGGGGAUGCUUGGUGGAUAUCCAGAGAUCUCUAGGGUAGACCUACGCUCCUCGCAGUCGUUUUUGGCCAAAGUACGCCGUCUGCUCCCGUCUCGCGGGGGAGGCACUGCCGUUGCUGCCGCUGCCCAUCUCCCUCCCCUCCCCCGGGGCGUUGACUGCGGUGCGGGCAUCGGCAGGGUCACAGAAGGGCUGCUGAGUAGGGUCUGCGAGGUCGUGGACAUCGUCGAGCCGGUAGAGGCCUUUGCCAAGGUGCUGCUUGAAGGGAGACUCAAGGCAGAAGGGAAGGUCGGUGAUGUCUAUAUAACAGGCCUGGAGACUUGGAUACCCGAGAAAAUAUACGACCUGAUCUGGGUCCAGUGGUGUCUACUCUAUCUCACGGAUGACCAGGUCGUAUUCUUCCUGACCCGAUGCAGAGAUGCACUAUCACAAUCUGGUGUCAUCGUCGUCAAGGAGAACCUCAAUACCAAACCACACGACAGCUUCGAUCCGCAAGAUAAAAGUGUUACUUUGAAAGAGAAGAACUAUAUGCAUCUCUCCCCCCUUAUCUGUUUUCGGACGACGGAGGUCGGGGUAGGCGAGCUCAGACGAGUCGAUCAGCCGACCCAUCGUCUCAGCCUCCACUGCUGUUGGAAAUUGGGAGUAGAACUGGCGGCUAUGAUCUACCAGGUCGACCUCGACCUCUGGGGUGAAGUCUGGCGCCAACGCUGCCGCUGCCAUCUCUAG